ACAAGUUUAGAAGUGGGGAAGGAAGCUUCAAAGAUAGCUUAAGCAACGACGUGGAGGGACUUUUGAGUUUGUAUGAAGCCUCACACCUUGGAAUGCCAGGAGAAGAUGUUCUGGAGGAAGCCAAGAGAUUUAGUUCAAAAAAUUUGAAACAAUCCAUGGCAACAAUAUUGAACGACGAUAAUCUACUGAAGCCAGUAGAGCAAUCAUUGCAAACCCCUGUUCACUGGAGGAUGCGGAGGUUAGAAGCUCUGAACUUCAUCGAUAUGUACCAAAGGGACGACUCUAAGAACCUGGCACUGCUGGAGUUGGCGAAAUUGGACUAUAAUCUUGUUCAAUCAGUAUAUCAAACUGAGAUAAAGGAGCUCUCUAGGUGGUGGAGAGAGUUGGAUUUUAAAUCGAAGGCAAGUUUCUCAAGGGACAGACUGCCAGAGAACUACUUGUGGGCAAUGGGGAUUAGUCAGGAGCCCCAAUCCUCAGAAUGCAGGAUAGGCCUCACCAAGUUUGUGUGCAUAUUAACAGUCAUUGAUGACAUGUAUGAUGUAUAUGGAUUCCUGGAUGAGCUUGAGUGCUUUACAGAUGCAGUAAUUCAAUGGAAUAUGGAAGCAAAGGAGGUACUUCCCGAGUACAUGAAGCCGGUCUAUAUUGCCAUGCUCGAGUUUGGCAAUGAAUUGUCUGAUAACGCAUUCAAAAAUACUGGUUUAAACCCCCUCCCUUAUAUUAAGAACGAGUGGGUUAAUCUUUGUACAGCCUAUAUGGUGGAAGCACGGUGGUUCUAUGGCGGAUACACACCAACUCUUGAAGAGUAUUUAAAGAAUGCAUGGACUUCAGUGGGUGGUCCUGGAGCAAUGCUCCAUGCUUAUUUGUUAACCGAAGGAUGCCAACUAACAGAAGCUUCACUCGAGUCCUUUAACCAUGGCUUUCAACUGAUAUAUUGGUCAUCCAUCUUGACUCGACUCAGUGACGAUCUGGGCACUUCCAAGGCUGAGGGCGAGAGAGGUGAUGUCGCAAAAUCUAUUCAGUGCUACAUGGAAGAAAAAGGUGUAUCGGAAGGAGAAGCACAAGAUUACAUAAAGGGUUUAAUCAGCUAUGCAUGGAAGAAAAUCAACCAAGAGAGUGCCAAAACUAGCAUACCAAAAUCCAUUGUGAACCUGUCUCUGAAUAUGGCUCGGACUGCUCACUGCAUUUUUGAACAUGGGGAUGGUAUUGGAAACUCAAUUGGGGUGACUAAGGAUCGUUUGAUCUCUUUGAUUGCAAAUCCUAUCCCCCUCGAUGAUGAUAGAUAAUGACACCAAAAGAUUUGUUUAACUUGUAAUAAGCACAACAAGUCUAUCUAUUUAUGUGUGUGUGAAUCACUAUUCUUAUAUAUGUUUUAUGUAUUUGAUUU